ACCCCCUCCCUGCGGCUCGAAGGGGGUAUAGCACCUAGUAUAAAAGGCUAAAGUUCGGGACAACUUUAUAUUUAUGGUAUUAUGCAUUUUUAAAAGUCCAAUCAUUUAUAAAUGUUUUUUCCCUACGCAUAGUCCAAACCAUUUUUAGUGUCUCUUACAACCAGCCGACUCCCCACCACACUCGGAUAAAGUUCCAUAUUGCAAUCUGUAAACUAAAAAACAAUAAAAAAAAAAAAAAAAGCUGCACAUUAGACGGAGGGGUAAUAAUAUUGAGCCACGCAGGUCGCUUGUCAGUGUCACCAUGUUAGGGAGGUUGAAACACUAAUUGGGUUAAUUUGCAUGUUUGGUCUCGUGCAUACAACCUGAGCAGUAAACAGGUUAGAAGUGAAGGUGCCGGUUUACCUUCCUACACAGCAGCCUCUGGGUCAGACGUCUCUGCAGGGAACAUUUCCACCAUCUCAAUGGCUGAAAACAGCAUGUCAAGCUUCAAGUUUCUCUGCUGUUCUGUAACCAGGCAGAUGACCUGGUGAUUGAACGGUCCUCCACUCUAAAGACCAAACCGGACGAGUUUGCCUUCGGGACCGUCUUCACUGACCACAUGUUGACCAUUGAGUGGAGUGAGAGCGAGGGCUGGCGGGCUCCGCUCAUCAAGCCCUUUGGGAACCUGUCGCUCCACCCGGCCUGUCCGUCACUUCACUACGGCAUACAGGUGUUUGAAGGCUUGAAGACGUACUGUGGGGAGGACAAACAGCUGCGUCUCUUCAGACCGAUGCUCAACAUGAACCGCAUGAUCAACUCUGCUCAGAGAGCUUGUCUCCCUGCCUUUGAUCCGUCAGAGUUUCUGGAGUGUAUCAAGCGACUGGUGGAGAUUGAGCGGCACUGGGUUCCUCACUCAGGCAGUCUAUACAUCAGACCAACAUUCAUUGGCACUGGGGCCUCUCUGGGAGUAAAGAAGCCGGCCGCAGCCUUGCUGUAUGUGAUCUUGUGUCAAGUGGGCUCUUACUUCAAUAAUGAGGAAGAGGGCCUGUCCCUGUGGGCCGACCCAAAGGUCACACGGGCCUGGAAAGGAGGAACUGGAGACUGCAAGAUGGGAGGGAAUUACGGAUGUUCUUUGUCGGCCCAUUAUGAAGCAGUGGAUGGUGGGUGUGAGCAGGUGCUGUGGCUGUACGGAGAAGACCACCAGAUCACUGAGGCAGGCACCAUGAACGUCUUCCUGUUCUGGAUCAAUGAGGAUGGAGAGGAGGAACUUGCAACUCCACCUCUGGACGGCAUCAUACUCCCAGGUAUCACCCGACAGAGCAUCCUGCAACUAACCAGGAAAUGGGGGGAAUUUAAGGUGACGGAGCGCUACCUGACCAUGAGCCAGCUGUGCCACGCUCUGAAGCAGCAGCGAGUCAAAGCGAUGUUUGGCUCCGGUACUGCCUCCAUGGUCUGUCCCAUUGGACACAUUGUUUACCAGGGAGAGAAGUUGCACGUGCCCUGCGAGGAUAUAAACUCACAGUUGACUUCACGGAUAGCAAAGGAACUCAGGGAUAUACAGUACGGACGCACACCCAGCGACUGGACUACCGUGGUGAAGCAGGGAUGAAGAAGCAAACAACCAAAGACUGCCGCACGUGUACGUCAAGAAGAACACAAUGUAUUAACAAUGUGCAAUAUUUGUAGUCUGACUGCAAUAUGCUGGCUCUGCGGCGAGUGUCAUACCACUUUACCUCCUUUAAGCUUAAAUUAAUGACAAACACACAACUGUCCAAAAUAAUGAACUAAAGAAGGCUAAUGUCUCGUGCAAUACUGCACAAUAACUUACAGUAACGCAGCCACCAUGUGUGAUGCUUUCCACCCAGCACCAGGGAACAACUGUGGCUGUGAUUAAACAUGAAGAGAGACGUUAUAGUUUUACAGAAUUGCAUACUCGUGUAAGAGUUACAAAGCAGCUAAAAGGUAAAAUGGUCAGACAAUAUUUCUCAUUUUAAUGUUCAGUUUGUACUAUUAUAUCAUCGUCUUUCCAGCUUUAAUGAACAUUUCAGAGUCUCAAAAUUGUAGGCAGUUGUAUUGUAAACAGAAACAUUUUGAACAUUCAGAAUCUACAGCUGGGACGUUGCAUACCUUCAAGUGAGAACAUCAAACUAAUGUAAUGGAAAAUCACAAGUAACACAAGGUAGUUUCUUCACAAGGUAGUUGUGUUACCUUAUGUACUUUAUAAAUAUGUUCAUCACAGUGAUUCAUAAAAAACUGUGAAAUGAUCAAA